AUGAAGAAAAUAGAUAUUGGGGGAUUUCAGAGAGGAUAUGAGAACAUACGGUCUCAGAACUUUGAAAAGCAAGGGAAAGGAGACCUCAAAGAGGGUUUUUACUUGGGCAAGCAUCUGAGCCUAGAUGAUCCAUACGUUAUUCAAAGGCGGUUUGGGCAAGGGCCGAACAAGUAUCCUGCGGAGCUGCCCGAUCCGAAAGAAUUCCAAAGAACGAUGGAAGAGUACCAUUCCGCCAUGAACAGCUUGGCUGUCAACCUUCUCUGUAUUCUGGCAUGCACGCUAGGCCUCGACCAGAACUAUUUCGAUGACUUUUGUGAGCAUCCUGUCGCCGCCCUUCGGCUGCUUCACUAUCCACCACAGGACCCAACUACACUGGAAACCGAAAGAGGUAUUGGUGCACACACGGACUUCGGCGCGGUCACCAUGCUAUUACAAGACGAAACCGGUGGGCUGCAAGUAUGGAACAAUCGCUCGUCCGAUUGGGUAGAUGUUACUCCAAUUCCUGGGGCAUAUGUGAUCAAUUUAGGUAACAUGAUGAUGCGAUGGACGAAUGAUCGCUACCUAUCGAAUCUCCACCGAGUCAUCAACAAGAGCGGGCGGGAAAGAUUUAGCAUACCAUUUUUCUUUUCCGGAAACCCCAACUAUACUAUUGAAUGCCUUCCCAGCUGCGUUGACUUGGAGAAAGGCGCCAAGUACCCCCCUGUAAAAGUCCACGACUGGAUGACAGGGCGAUUUGCGGAUACAUAUGGCUCGACACAUGGAAAGGGGAUCGGAGACCUCCGGCAGGAACUUGUUGCCAGUAUUCAGAAAUCCUAG